UUUGGGAAACCCUGUGCUAAAUUACUAAAAUAUGCACAAUUAUAGUUUUUUCACUACUGGUAUGAGUAUGUGUGAACAACUCCCCGUCUUGUAUCACUUCAAGUCAAGACUUUCGGUUCCCUUUUUCUACACACUGGGGGUGUGAGUGUUUGUGGGAAUGUGUGUGCUGGUCAAAGUCGGAGUAAGAUCCUGAGUCAGAACAGAACAAGGAGACUGUUGUCAGGGAGUCAGAGAACCAGAGGCUAGAACCAGUGACUAUAGAGCCAUAAGCUAUAGAACCAGAGGCUAUAGAGCCAUAAGCUAUAGAACCAGAAGCUAUAGAACCAGAGACUAUAGAACCUUAUGCUAGAACCAGAGGCUAUAGAGCCAUAUGCUAUAGAACCAAAGACUAUAGAACCACAGGCAAUAGAACCAGAGGCGAAAGAACCGGAGGCUAGCUGGGUAAUCAUGUCGUUCCAAGGUGAAAACAGCACUGCUGCAGCUUCGAGUGGAGAAAGCAGUUGCUCCUCUGAAGAUGAAGGAGAUAUUCAGUGUGAGAUUCUGGAAAAGCAGAGGGAUGAGGCCAGUCAGAAGCUGUCUGAGAUGGAGGAAGUAUCCUCUCAGCUGUUGAAGGAGAUGGAUGUUCUAGAGAUGCAGUUCCAGAUUGAACGCUCCUGCAGGGAGAGUGCAGAGGCCCUCGCUGUCAAGGUGACAAAAGAGAACAAGGUUCUGAAGAGGAGGAGCCAAGCUCUGCUGCCACUCCUCCCUAAGCUUCCUGAAUACAUGGCCACCAUGAGCUUUGACCUGGAGUCUGACCAGGGGGUCGACCCCAACCCCGAUGGGGACAGCGGUGAGGAGGCUGUGCUGCAAGGACAGGCACAGAUCAGAGAGCUGCAGGCCUCAGUGGAACAGCUGCUGGGGGAGAAGAUGCAGUUGUGUGAGCAGGUCGAUUCACUGAAGAGAGAGCAGAGCCAGCUCGAAGAACAGUUGGCCCUAGAGAUUGGGGAGAAAGAGGCCAUACUGAAGAAACUGUCCAAGCAGAACAAGAACAUGAAUAAGAUGAAGAGAGUAUCCCAGCUAGUGACAGAGGAGUUCACAGAGAUCAGUCAGAAACUGGACCUGGAACAGGGUCUCAGACAGCACGCCGAGGUCUUCGCUCACCAGGUGUUGGUGAAGCAGAAGGAGACCCAGAGACAGAGCAUGGUGCUGCAGCAGAGUUCAGAGACCAGUCUCCAGCUCCAACAUGCUCUGGAACAGGUGGCCCACAUCAGCAGUACCCUACAGGAGAUACAACGCUACUACCGAAACCAGGUGGAACCGACCGAGUGUGCUCUGGAAGAGAGCAGUGUUCUGUCUGAGCUGCAAUGUGUCAGAGGCCAACUGGAGAGCAGUGAGGAGGAGAGGAGGACCAUGGACACCCAGCUCAGGGAGGCUCAGAACACUGUCACCCAUCUUCAGGGGGAAGUGAAACAGCUUGAGGAUAGGCUGAAAGAUGCAGAGAAAGACCUGGUUUCAGAGAAGGACAACUCAACCCCUGCACUUCCUCCUCCACUACCUCCUCCUCCUCCACCACCCCUGCCCCCACUGUCCUCCAGUACUGCUGUUGAUCCGUUAGUCGUCCUUCGCAACAAGAGGAAGGAGUCAGCCAACAACAUUGAUAAGAAUAAGCCAGAUCCUACUUUGGACAUGAAGACCCGAGCGGUGGAUGCGAUGAUGGAGAGGAUAAAGAAAGGCAUUGUCCUGAGACCCACUCAGAGACCACAGGUCGGAUCAGAAGAUGACUGUGCCUGGAGGGACCAGAGGAUUGAGAAGAGAAAGUCAGCCGUGCUGGAGCUGAAAGGAAUGCUGGAUACCAUAAAGCACCAAGGCCACAGGAGGGCAUGGUCACGGAAUAGGUUCAGCCGAAACGUGGGGGAGGCAGAGCUACAGAUGGUGCUACAGAGAAGGAGACGGGCCAUGGCGGAUGGACAGGACACCCUCAGCUCUGCCCCCUCCACUGCCAUAACCCCUACCAAAAUACAAGGCCCCCAGCCGGGCAGUCCAGCAGCAGGAGCACUUCCCUGGGCAGGAGAGAGUGGCAGCACCCCAGUACUCCGGAGGCUCCAGCAAAACAGAGAGAAGAGGAACUCCCAUAUCAGAGAAUCAAAACUGAUCAUCUGCCAGGAGAACAUCUGAAAGUUGGGAAAACGGAUGACUAGUUUUGGGAUACUGUACCACAGUGUUUCCCAAACCUCUCCUUGUGUACCCCCAGCCAGUCCACAUAUUUGAUGUAUAUGUGGAACCUUUGCCUAUAAUAAUAAUAGUAACUUAAAUGUGAGUGGCUUGGGUUAAGGCUUGACCUUAAUCUUUGGGUUUUGGAGACCCAAAGGGGAGCGCAUUUCUGUUUUUGCCAUAGCAGCACACUCCUGAUUGAAAUAAUCCAAGCUUGGUGAUGAGUUUAUGACUUGAAACUGCUGUGCAGUGCUAGGGAAAACAAUUCCAUUUAGAUCACCAAGACCAGGAUCAAGAAACACUGGGUUAAGGGUAGUAAGCCAAUGGCAAAGACCUUUCUGUGGCAGUAAGAAUGUACACAGAUAUUCUACUUGUGCUGGGUGUGAGAAACAACCCAUCCAUGAAUUUCUCUCAAUUCACAUUCAAUGUUGCAACGAGAAAAGCAAAGAGUGAGAAUGUGGUUCUGCAUUGAUGCUCUUAUCGUGGAAUUCUUGGUGCAUUAUUGUCCCGAUGCUCUGAAUACUUGUCUCUUUUUGUGUAGGGGUCACUUCACUCUAAUACCUGCUAUGCUUCAGCUGUGUAAAAAAAAAAUACUUCAAAGUGGAAAUAAUACAAUAUUUUAUUCACAUGCAUGAUGUGAAUAAAAUAUUGUAUUAUUUCCACUUUGAAGUUGCCAUUUGUAAAUGGAAAGCACACAUGCAGUACCAGUGAAUGAAAAAUACACAUACCACCAGCAAAUAAUUUCUACUGUUUCUUUUGAAGAGUGGACAGCUACCUUUUCUCUCAUUCUGCACUCUGGACCUCCUUGUAGCUAGAGACCUAGCGCCUUAAUUAGCUCACACAACAGAGGAAUUGUGUCGGCUGCCAUUUAGGCACUUCAUAUACUUGGGUUGCCAAGGUGUUGUCGAGCUAAGAGCACUCAGGUGAUCUUAAAGGUCCUCCAGCUUCUGAAAGUGUCUGAAAUGGAGGCUGGAUGGAUGGCAGCUUUUUGGAGUUCACACUUCCACACACCCCUGCUCUUUGGUAAAAGCAUUUGAAAAGGAUGGGAUUACUUUCACACUUUGACACCAUUUUAGUUUCUGCUGCACGCUGUUCCGUCAUUAUAUAUUUAUUUAAUUUGGCUCCUUUACUAGAAAGGUCUGCCUUUCACUUUCAUCAUACAUUUUUCAUUGUUUUUUUGCCACUCAAUCUCAAAGGUGGAGGAUUUUUAAAUAAUGUUGCUACUCCCUUCUGUGUAGGUGUGUCUCUCUCUCUCUGUGUGUCUGUGUGAUGAAAUCAACAGAAAUAAAGUAGCUUAUUAAUUCUA